AUGUUCAGACAAACUCUUAGACUUGCAAGAACCAACAGAUUCUUCUCCACUUCCACCCUUGUCAGAAACUCCACUCCAAAGGAAUUCAAGACUGCAACCUCCCUCUCUGAAGUCCACACCAAAUUCGAUUUGAUUGGUAAGGGUGCAAAGGAAGGUGAGGUUCCUACCGACAUUGAACAAGCUACUGGUUUGGAGAGAUUUGAAUUGUUAGGUAAGUUGGAAGGUGUUGAGGUUUUCGAAACCGAACCUUUGGAUUCCUCUAGAAAGGGUACAAUGGCUGACCCAAUCUUGAUUGAUUCCUAUGACGACUACAGAUACGUUGGAUGUACUGGUUCUCCAGCAGGCUCCCACGUUGUCAUGUGGUUAAAGCCAACCAAAGAAAAGGUUGCUAGAUGUUGGGAAUGUGGUUCCGUUUACAAGUUAAACUACUUGGGUACUGACAAAUCUGAUCACUAA